AUGUGGCAAUUCCCUCCGGCCGUGGUGCUCCUCCUCCUCCAACGCUCGCUCGCCUCGUUUGUGCUCCUCGCUCCGAAUAUCAGGACCGGCCCUAGGUGCUUGAUGCGUGCCCUGCUCAUCGAGGAGCGGCCCACUACACACGCGAGUUCCAUGACUGUGCGAUACCUCCAUAACUGUGGUUCAGCUGACAGUGAUGAAGAUGAGGCUAUUGAGCCUUUUAGUCAAGAUUGCUCGACCGCCACAGCUAGCAUUGACUCAGAUGAUUCAGCGUGUACUGCUCAUGUUGAGAAGCUCUGCAGAUCUGGCAACCUCCCUGAUGCUGUUCGGGUUCUGCGGCAUCUGCGUGAUGAGCAGAUUCAUGUCAGCCUGCACACAUUUAACAUGUUACUGCAACACACAGCUGAAGCAAACGAUUUCGUUCUUUUUUCAAAGGUAUUCAGGUACUUGAUGCUUUCAAAACUUCCUCCUGAACUGACUUCAUAUAUUCAGGUAUUCAAGUUUGUAAGAGAAAUUUUGGAAAUCACACAAGGUAGAGAUCCUACAGUGAUGAAUCGCAUUAUUUUUGCUGCAGCUAAAUACGGAGAGAUCGAUAAAAGUUUGAUCAUAUUUGAAGAGUUGAAGAAAGAUCGGAGUAGCUUGGGUGUUGUCACAUUCAACACUAUCUUGGAUGUGCUAGGGAAAGCUGGUCGUGUGGACCAAAUACUUCUUGAGGUGAGGGUAAUGGAAGAACAUGGCCAUCCUCCUGACAUUGUGACAUACAAUACGGUAAUAAACUGCCUGCGAAGGCUCGGCAGGUUAGAUCAGUGCAAAAUAUUCGCAGGAGAAAUGUCUGGGAGAGGCAUCACUCCAGAUUUGAGAACUUAUACUGCACUAAUUGAUAGUUUUGGACGGGCUGGCCAUAUUGCCGAUGCCUUGAAAAUGUUUGACCAGAUGAAGAAAUCACAUAAACCUUCAAUUUAUGUCUAUCGUGCACUAAUCAGUGACUUGAAAAAGGCUGGACAGUUUGAACUAGCACAAAAGCUCUCUGAAGAGAUGAAUUCAAGUGCUUCGGAUUUAUUAAGCCCUGAAGAUUUUAAGCAAAAGUUCAAGGGGAGAAGAACCGAGAACAAAAGGUUGGCGCCCCUGGAAGCCGUGUGGUCGUGUACUCGUGUGGAAUCCAAUGAAGCAGACGUGAACACCUCGGCGAUGGGCAGCACCACCAUCUCCAUCGCCGCGCCACCUAGACUGCACGCGCGCUCGGUCGCUGCCCCGGCUGAUGCUCGCGACGGCGCGAUGAAAACCUCCAACCCAAUGUCCACAGAGGCGAAAGCUCGCCGGAGCUCCGCCGCCGCGUCGAGGGCAGGGGAGAAGGAAGGUGAAAAUGCCAAAUGCCAGUCUAGUACAGAACUCAAUAAAUGA